UUUCUUAUUUAUUUUACUGUAUCAACUUGGCGUUGUCAAAUUAUGAUUUCAUAAAACUGUCACUUCCGAGUACAGUAGAUUGUAUUUGUGGGGUGCCGAUUUUGUGAAAUUAAAUAAUUUUAAGUUUAAUUUAAGUAAAAAAGACCUUUUAUAACAACAUGGAUGACCAAGGAAGGAAAGUGAUUGUCUGUGACAAUGGCACGGGUUUCGUCAAGUGUGGAUACGCUGGUAGUAAUUUCCCUGCCUUCAUAUUUCCGUCCAUGGUUGGCAGGCCGAUUAUUAGAGCAGAGAACAAAAUCGGUGAAAUUGAUGUCAAGACGUUUGACUCUGAGGUUGUGCAGGAUUUAAUGGUUGGUGAUGAAGCUUCCCAACUCCGUUCAAUGCUGGAAGUCAGCUAUCCCAUGGAAAAUGGGGUGGUACGAAACUGGGAGGACAUGUGCCACGUUUGGGACUACACAUUCGGCCCGAGCAAGAUGAAUGUAGAUCCUAAAGAGACGAAGAUAUUGCUCACCGAACCACCAAUGAAUCCUACUAAGAAUAGGGAGAAGAUGAUCGAGGUGAUGUUUGAAAAGUACGGCUUCGAUAGUGCAUACAUCGCUAUACAAGCCGUGCUCACUCUGUACGCUCAAGGGCUUAUUUCUGGAGUUGUUGUGGAUUCAGGUGACGGUGUGACUCAUAUUUGUCCUGUAUAUGAAGAAUUCGCUUUACCGCAUCUUACAAGACGGUUGGAUAUCGCUGGGAGAGAUAUCACACGAUAUCUUAUUAAGUUACUCCUUCUGCGAGGUUACGCGUUCAACCAUUCAGCUGACUUCGAAACAGUCAGAAUGAUGAAGGAAAAACUCUGCUACAUUGGAUAUAAUGUGGAACAGGAACAACGUCUCGCUUGGGAGACCACCGUGCUGGUUGAACCUUAUGUGUUACCCGAUGGUCGAGUGAUUAAAGUCGGCGGUGAGAGAUUCGAAGCCCCGGAAGCUUUGUUCCAACCUCACUUGAUUAAUGUGGAAGGUCAGGGUAUUGCUGAACUUGUGUUUAAUACUAUUCAGGCAGCAGAUAUAGACAUGCGCAAUGAGCUAUACAAGCACAUAGUACUAUCGGGAGGUUCUACUAUGUAUCCCGGAUUGCCUUCCCGUCUUGAGAGGGAAAUUAAACAGCUGUAUUUGGAGAGGGUGCUGAGGAAUGAUUGCGAUAAACUGGCCAAAUUCAAGAUCCGCAUCGAGGACCCGCCGCGACGCAAGGACAUGGUGUUCAUCGGCGGCGCUGUGCUUGCUGAGGUGUGCAAGAACAGAGAUAACUUCUGGCUCACACGGCAGGAGUAUCUGGAGCAGGGUCUUGGCUGUCUACGGAAGUUGGGUCCCCGCGCGAGUUAAGCUCAAUGUAGUAAUCAAUUGUAUUAUAUACUGUUAUAUCGACUUCUACUUAAUUUUAUUUUAUUCUAAGAACAAAUAUUACAGUCUAUUCCAUUUUAUGAAAAAGUGCAAUUUUCUUGUAAAAUUUCAGACCUAAGAUACCAUUUUUAUGGUUUUUGUUCUUUUCAUGGAAAGUAGAUAAAUUCACAU